AUGGCCCUGGUCUUGUGGGUCUUCAUUUUGUUAAACUCAGUCUGCCUAGUGGCAGCCAACAUCUUUGAAUACCAGGUAGAUGAACAACCACUCCGUCCCUGUGAGCUGCAGAGGGAGAGGGCCUUUCUGAAGCAGGCUGACUAUGUUCCACAGUGCUCAGAAGAUGGGAGCUUCCAGACAAUCCAGUGCCAAAAUGAUGGCCAAUCCUGUUGGUGUGUAGAUGCUGAUGGCAGGGAAGUACCUGGCAGCAGGCAGCAGGGAAGGCCAACAGCUUGUCUGUCCUUCUGCCAGUUACAUAGGCAGCAGAUCCUGCUGAGCAGCUACAUCAACAGCACAGAUGCUCGCUACCUUCCUCAGUGCCAGGAUUCAGGCAGCUAUGCACCAGUCCAGUGUGACUUGUGGCAAGUGCAAUGCUGGUGUGUAGACACAGAGGGCAUGGAGGUGUAUGGUACCCGCCAGCUGGGGAGGCCAACGCGGUGUCCAAGGAGCUGUGAGAUAAGAAACCGCCGCCUCCUCCAUGGGGUAGGAGACAAGUCACCACCCCAGUGCUCUGCAGAUGGGGACUUUAUGCCUGUCCAGUGCAAGUUUGUCAACACCACAGACAUGAUGAUUUUUGAUCUGAUCCACAGCUACAACAGGUUUCCAGAUGCAUUUGUGACCUUCAGUUCCUUCCGGAGCAGGUUCCCUGAAGUGUCUGGGUACUGCUAUUGUGCUGACAGCCAGGGGCGGGAGCUGGCUGAGACAGGUUUGGAGUUGCUACUGGAUGAAAUUUAUGACACCAUUUUUGCUGGCUUGGACCGGACCUCCACCUUCACUCAAAGCACCAUGUACCGGAUAUUGCAGAGACGCUUCCUGGCCAUUCAGUUAGUCAUCUCUGGAAGAUUCCGAUGCCCCACCAAGUGUGAAGUAGAACAGUUUGCUGCCACUAGCUUUGGUCACUCAUACAUUCCGAGCUGCCACAGAAGUGGGGACUACCAAGCAGUACAGUGCCAGACGGAAGGGAUGUGCUGGUGUGUAGAUGCUCAGGGAAUAGAGAUCCCUGGCACUCGGCAGCAAGGGCAGCCACCAUCUUGUGCCGAAGACCAGUCAUGUGCCUCGGAAAGACAACAGGCCUUGUCUAGGCUCUACUUUGGAACCCCAGGCUACAUCAACCCACAGGACUUGUCUUCUGAGGACAGGUCGGUCUUCGUGAGUGGUGUCAGACUGGACACAUCCUGCCCACCUACAAUCAAGGCACUCUUUGUUGACUCCGGGCUUCUACGUUCUAUGGCUGUGGAGCAAUACCAACAGCUUUCUGCAUCAGGAUAUCUACUCAGAGAAGCCAUGAGAACAAUUUUUCCCUCCCGAGAGCUGGCAGGUCUUGCUCUUCAGUUCACCAUCAACCCCAAGCGACUCCAGCAAAACCUCUUUGGAGGGACAUUUUUGGUGAAUGCUGCCCAGUUUAACUUGUCGGGAGCCCUUGGUACAAGAAGCACAUUUAACUUUAGUCAGUUUUUCCAGCAGCUUGGCCUCCCAGGAUUCCAGAAUGGAGACAGAGCAACUGAUGUAGCCCCUGUAGGACUGGAGUCCAGUUCUACCCCAGAAACUCCCCGUGUCUUUGAAAAGACAGUUGCUAUGAAUAAACCAGUUGUGGGUACCUUUGGCUUCAAAGUCAACCUACAAGAGAAUCAAAAUGCCUUAAAAUUCCUUGCUUCUCUCCUGGAACUUCCAGAGUUUCUUGUUUUCUUGCAGCGUGCUAUUUCUGUGCCUGAAGAUAUAGCGAGGGACUUAGGAGAUGUGAUGGAAACAGUGUUCAGUGCUCAAGCCUGCAAACAGACACCUGGAAGCCUUUUUGUCCCAUCAUGCACUGGCGAAGGAAGCUAUGAGGAUAUCCAGUGUUAUGCUGGAGAUUGCUGGUGUGUGGAUUCCCAAGGCAAAGAACUCGAUGGCUCAAGAGUCAGAGGUGGACGCCCAAGGUGCCCCACCACGUGUGAGAAGCAAAGGGCUCAGAUGCAAAGCCUCGCAGGCAGUCAACCUGCUGGCUCCAGCUUCUUUGUCCCUACAUGUAGUAGUGAGGGCUAUUUCCUGCCGGUCCAGUGCUUCAACUCAGAAUGUUACUGCGUUGAUGCUGAAGGUCAGGCUAUUCCUGGAACACGAAGUAAAAUUGGUGAACCCAAGCAGUGUCCCAGUGUCUGUCAGUUACGUGCUGAACAAGCUUUCCUUGGGGCAGUGCAGAUCCUGCUCUCUAACUCAAGCAUGCUGUCCUCCCUCUCCACUGUCUACAUCCCACAAUGCAGUGUCAGUGGGCAGUGGAGGCGUGUGCAGUGUGAUGGACCCCCCGAGCAAGUUUUUGAGUGGUAUGAACGAUGGAACACUCAGAACAGUGAAGACCAGGAACUGACCCCAGCCACACAACUGAUGAAGAUCAUGAGCUACAGAGAAGCAGCUUCCAGAAACUUCAGUAUCUUUCUUCAAAGUCUUUAUGAGGCUGGCCAGCAAGGCAUCUUCCCGGUGCUAGCACAGUACCCUUCCCUUAGAGAUGUUCCACAGGUAGUGCUGGAGGGAGCCCCAACUCAGCCUGAGGAGAACAUUUUCCUGGAUCCAUACAUCUUUUGGCAGAUUCUAAAUGGCCAGCUCAGCCAAUACCCAGGGCCCUACUCAGACUUUAGCAUGCCUCUGGCACAUUUCAACCUCAGGAGCUGCUGGUGUGUGGAUGAGGCUGGUCAGGAACUGGAUGGAACUCGGACUAAGCCAGGCGAAAUCCCAACAUGUCCUGGCCCCUGUGAGGAAGUGAAACUUCGUGUCAUGGAGUUUAUUAAGGAAACAGAAGAGAUUGUCUCAGCUUCCAAUGGUUCUUCCUUUCCACUGGGAGAGACUUUCUUAGUGGCCAAGGGAAUCCAGUUGGCCAAUGAAGAGCUUGGUCUUCCUCCUCUCUACCCAUCCCGGGAGGCUUUUUCUGAGAAGUUUCUACGAGGGGGGGAAUAUGCCAUUCAUUUGGCUGCUCAGUCCACCUUGACUUUUUAUCAGAGUCUCCGUGCUUCCCUGGGAGAGUCCGAUGGAGCAGCCAGUCUUCUGUGGUUAGGGCCCUACGUGCCACAGUGCAAUAUUCUUGGAGGCUGGGAGCCCAUGCAGUGCCAUGCUGGGACCGGACACUGCUGGUGUGUGGAUGGGCAGGGAGAGUUUAUCCCAGACUCACUGACAGCAGCACGCUCCUCACGGAUGCCCCAGUGCCCCACAAGCUGUGAGCUAUCCCGAGCCAAUGGGCUACUUUCUGCAUGGAAACAGGCUGGACCCCAAAGAAACCCACAUCCAAGAGAUCUGUAUAUACCUGCCUGCCUACAGACGGGAGAGUACGCCAGACAGCAGACAGCAGGAACAGGAGCUUGGUGUGUGGACCCAGCCUCAGGAGAAGUGAUGCUACCAAACACAAAUGACAGUCCUCAGUGCCCAGGCCUCUGUGUGGUCCUCAAGAGUGCAGCCCUGUCCAGAGAAGUCGGCCCUGGCUACACUCCAGACUGUGAGGCACAGGACGAGGGCUUCUCCCCAGUGCAGUGUGACUUGACCCAGAACAGUUGCUGGUGUGUCCUUGGACACAGUGGAGAGGAAGUGCCUGGGACUCGUGUGAUAGGCACCCGGCCUGCCUGUGAGAGCCCGCAGUGUCCAUUGCCCUUCUCUGGGUCAGAUGUGGCUGAUGGAGUGAUCUUCUGUGAGACAGCCUCUGGCCCAGUGACUGCAGUUCAGCGGUGCCAGCUGUUCUGCCACCAGGGCCUCCAGAGUGCAUUCCCACCAGAGUCAUUGCUCUGCAGCCUGGAGAGUCAACGCUGGGAGCCCCUGCCACCACCCCGAGCCUGCCAGCGGCCUCAGCUGUGGCAGACCAUGCAAACUCAAGCACACUUCCAGCUCCUGCUCCCACCAGGCAAGAUGUGCAGUGCUGACUACUCCGGCUUGCUGCAGGCUUUCCAGGUCUUCAUACUGGAUGAGCUGACAGCCCGUGGCUUCUGUGAAAUCCGGGUGAAGGCAUUUGGGACACUGGGUUCCAGCACUGUCUGUGACAACUCCUCAAUACAGGUGGCAUGUCUAACUGCAGAGCGUUUAGGAGUGAAUGUCACAUGGAAACUACAGCUUGAGGACAUCUCAGUGGCCUCACUUCCAGAUUUGCACAGCAUUGAAAGGGCUUUAAUUGGCCAGGACCUCCUUGGGCGCUUUGCAGAUCUGAUCCAAAGUGGCAAGUUCCAGCUUCAUCUGGACUCGAAGACAUUCCUAGCAGACACCUCCUUGUACUUCCUCAAUGGUGACCGCAUUGCCACUUCUCCCAGGGUUCAGCUUGGGUGCUUGGAAGGAUUCUACAGAAUCUCAGCCACCAGUCAGGACCCUCUGGGCUGUGUGAAGUGCCCCGAAGGAAGCUUCUCUCAGGAUGGGCGAUGCACUCCUUGUCCUGCUGGUACCUACCAAGAACAGGCAGGCAGCUCUGCCUGUAUCCCGUGCCCAAGGGGCAGAACAACCACCACCACUGGAGCUUUCAGCAAGACUCAAUGUGUCACUGAAUGUCAGAGGAAUGAGGCCGGCCUACAGUGUGACCAGGAUGGGCAGUAUCAAGCCCACCAGAGUGACAGGGACAGUGGGGAAGCCUUCUGCGUGGACAGCGAGGGGCAGAGGCUAAUGUGGUUACAGACAGAGGCUGGACUCUCAGAAUCUCAGUGUCUGGUAAUGCGGAAGUUUGAGAAAGCUCCCGAAUCAAAGGUGAUCUUUGAUGCCAUUUCUCCCGUGAUAGUGAAGUCCAGAGUCCCCGGUGCUGAGUCCCCGCUGGUGCAGUGCUUAGCAGAUUGCGCAGAUGAUGAGGCCUGCAGCUUCCUUUCGGUGUCCACAAUGGGAUCAGAGGUUUCAUGUGACUUUUAUUCUUGGACAAGCGACAACUUUGCCUGUGUGACUUCUGAUCAGGAACAGGAUGCUGAGGGUAACUCGAAGGCAACCAACCUCAGAAGCCUUAGGUGCCUGGUGAAAGUGAGAAACAAUGGCACGGAUUCUCUGGCUGUUUAUGUGAAGAAAGGCCAUGAAUUCACUGCAGCUGGUCAGAAGAGCUUCGAACCAACCGGUUUUCAAAAUGCACUCUCCGGGUUGUAUAGCCCUGUAGUGUUCUCAGCCUCAGGAGCCAGUCUGACAGAUGUACACCUCUUUUGUCUACUUGCCUGUGACCGUGACUCCUGCUGUGAUGGCUUCAUCCUCACAGAAGUCAAAGGAGGGUCCACCAUCUGCGGACUUCUCAGUUCUCCUGACGUGCUGCUUUGCCACAUCAAUGACUGGAGGGAUGCCUCUGAUUCUCAGGCCAAUGCUACAUGUGCUGGGGUGACGUAUGACCAGGAGAGCCACCAGAUGGCCUUGAAUCUGGGAGGCCAAGAGUUCCUGCAGGGUCUGGCACUCUUGGAGGGAGCUCAAGACAUCUUUACUAGCUUCCAGCAGGUUUACCUCUGGAAAGAUUCAGACAUGGGGUCUCGGCUUGAGACUAUGGGAUGUAGAAGCGUCCUGGCAGUGAGGUCAGACACUCCAGGAGAAGCAGAUGUGGCAACAGAGCUUUUCUCCCCUGUGGACUUUACCCAGGUCAUUGUCAAUGCAAGUCACUCACUGCCCAGCCAGCAGUACUGGCUAUUCACACACCUGUUUUCAGCAGAGCAGGCCAACCUGUGGUGCCUUUCUCGGUGUGCCCAGGAGCCUGUUUUCUGUCAACUUGCAGACAUAAUGAAGACCUCACCUCUGUAUUUCACCUGCUUCCUCUACCCAGAAGCCCAGGUCUGUGACAAUGUCAUGGAAUCCAAUGCCAAGAACUGCAGUCAGAUUCUGCCCCACCAACCAACGUCCCUCUUCCGGAGAAAAGUUGUAUUGAACGAUCGAGUGAAGAACUUUUAUAGGCGCCUGCCAUUCCAAAAGCUCACAGGGAUUUUCAUCAGAGACAAAAUCCCCAUGUCUGGAAAACCCAUUUCCAAUGGGUUCUUUGAGUGUGAGCGACUCUGUGACAGAGACCCAUGCUGCACUGGCUUUGGUUUUCUAAAUGUCUCCCAGCAGCAAGGAGGAGAGGUGACCUGCCUGACCCUGAACAGCAUGGGCAUUCAAACGUGCAGCGAGGAGAGUGGAGCAACCUGGCGCAUUUUGGACUGUGGCUCUGAGGAUAUUGAAGUUCACACCUAUCCCUUUGGGUGGUACCAGAAACCUGCUGUAUGGAGUGACAUUCCCAGCUUCUGUCCUUCUGCUGCCCUGGAGUCCCUUGCAGAGGAAAAAGUCUCUUCUCUGGUCUCCUGGCAGACCCUUCCUGUCUCUUCAGUGAUUAUAGAUCCAUCCAUCAAGCACUUUGAUGUUGCCCAAAUCAGCACUUCAGCCACCAGUAACUUCACUGUGGCCCAAGACUUCUGCUUGCAAGAAUGUUCCCGUCACCAGGCCUGCCUUGUCACCACCCUGCAGAUACAGCUUGGAGCUGUGAGGUGUGUGUUCUACCCUGAUAUACAGAGCUGCACGCACAGCCUACGGAGCCAGACCUGCUGGCUUCUACUCCGUGAAGAGGCUGCCUACAUCUACCGGAAGGCUGGAACCCCUUUGCUCCACUCUGAUGAAACACCUUCUGUACACAUUGAACCCUUUGGCCAGCUUCAGGGCAGGUCCCAGGUCAUCAAGGUGGGCACUUCCUGGAAGCAGGUAUACCAGUUCCUUGGAGUUCCAUAUGCUGCCCCACCAUUGACAGACAACCGUUUCCGGGCACCAGAGCUCUUGAAUUGGACAGGCUCCUGGGAUGCCACCAAGCCAAGGGCCAGCUGCUGGCAGCCAGGUACCCGUACACCAACACCUCCCCAAAUCAGUGAAGACUGCUUGUAUCUCAACGUGUUUGUUCCUGAGAACCUGGUCCCCAAUGCAUCAGUUCUGGUGUUCUUCCACAAUACCAUGGAGAUGGAAGGCAGUGGAGGACAGCUGACCAUUGAUGGCUCCAUCCUGGCUGCAGUUGGCAACUUUAUCGUUGUCACUGCCAACUACAGACUGGGGGUCUUUGGCUUCCUGAGUUCAGGCUCUGACGAGGUGCCUGGUAACUGGGGGCUGCUGGACCAGGUGGCAGCUCUGACCUGGGUGCAGACCCACAUUGGAGCAUUUGGCGGGGACCCUCAGCGUGUGACACUGGCAGCAGACCGUGGUGGGGCUGAUGUGACCAGCAUCCACCUUCUCAUCACCAGGGCUACCAGGCUCCGGCUCUUCAAGAGGGCUCUGCUUAUGGGAGGCUCCGCACUGUCCCCCGCUGCAGUUAUCACCCCAGACAGGGCCCAACAGCAAGCUGUGGCCUUGGCAAAGGAGGUCAGAUGUCCUACCUCAUCUGUCCAGGAAGUGGUGUCAUGCCUCCGCCAGAAGCCUGCCAACAUCCUCAAUGAUGCUCAGACCAAGCUCCUGGCUGUGAGUGGCCCUUUCCACUACUGGGGCCCGGUAGUGGAUGGCCAGUACCUACGUGAAGGUCCAGCCAGAGGGUUGAAGAGGCCUCUGCCGGCAAAAGUGGAUCUACUCAUAGGAGGUUCUCAGGAUGAUGGGCUUAUCAACAGGGCGAAGGCUGUGAAGCAAUUCGAAGAGAGCCAAGGCCGAACCAACAGCAAAACAGCUUUCUACCAGGCACUGCAGAAUUCAUUAGGUGGUGAGGACUCAGAUGCCCAUAUCCUCGCUGCUGCCGUAUGGUACUACUCCCUGGAGCACUCCACGGAUGACUACGCCUCCUUCUCUCGGGCACUGGAGAAUGCCACCCGAGACUAUUUUAUCAUCUGUCCCAUGGUCAACAUGGCCAGCCUCUGGGCAAGGAGAACCCGUGGAAACGUCUUCAUGUAUCAUGUCCCUGAAAGCUAUAGCCAUGGCAGCCUGGACUUGCUGGCAGAUGUUCAGUAUGCUUUUGGACUGCCUUUUUACUCUGCCUACCAGGGCCAGUUCUCAACAGAGGAGCAGAGCCUGUCCCUGAAAGUCAUGCAGUAUUUUGCCAAUUUCAUUAGAUCGGGAAAUCCCAACUACCCACAUGAAUUUUCAAGGAAGGCAGCCGAGUUUGCAGCACCCUGGCCUGACUUUGUCCCCGGAGCUGGAGGAGAGAGCUACAAGGAGUUCAGUGCCCAGCUUCCCAAUCGGCAGGGCCUCAAACGAGCUGACUGCUCCUUCUGGUCCAAGUACAUCCAGUCUCUGAAGGAUGAAGGUAACGGAGCCAAGGAUGUACAGUUAACGAAGAGUGAAGAGGAAGGCUUGGCAGUGGGGCUGGGACUGGAAGAAGACUUCUCAGCCUCCCUGGAGCCUGGCCCCAAGAGCUACAGCAAAUGA